AAACAAGAUGGAUGGAUGGAAGAGUUGGAAGUCACGUGACAAUUCGUUCAUAACCAAUUGGUAUCAACGUGUUCGUGAAUCAUACGUAGCUGUUUGGUUCUUCGGGAUGUUUCAGAGUGGCGGAAUGUCAACUGCGAGUAAUAGUGGUGGGGGAGGUGGAGGAGGAGGAGGAGGAGGUGGUGGUGGGAGUGGGGGUGGGGGUGGAGGAGGUGGAAAUGGGGGUGGUAGUAGCGGUGGAAGUGUUAGUGGAGCUUUAAGUUUAAUGGGCUGCGUCAGAGAAGCUUCUCCUCCUCCCCCAAAUCAUCACCAUCAUCAUUAUCAUCAUCAUCAUCAUCAACAUAAUCAACAACAACAGCAACAACAACCUCGUGGACUUGGAAUUGGUGAUUUUUCGUCGAACAGUAGCGUCGAUCCUUUACCUAAAGAACCAAAAAAACGACGUUUUCAUCCACUCAGAGGAUUGAGAAAAAUUUUUCGAAGGAAAAGUCGUGGCCCGGCUGACGUACGUUUGGUAUCUGCACCCGGUACAGUUGGGAAUGGCGAACGGGAUAGUUCAGAAUUGGGACGGAUCCCGCGGGAAGAUGUCACACUUAGACAUCCUGCUGGAAGGGCUGAAGAAGCACGAAGUAGAAGUGCUAGCGAGUUACUCACAGACUCGUGCGAUCACGAAAGCAGUAAAAGAAGUUCAAUUUCUUCAAUCACUUCGAUUGGACUAUCAUCUCGAAGCUAUAGAUUGGUUACUCCGGUGAAGCCUCGAAGGUCCUUCAAGCAUGUAUUUCGAAGAAGAAAUGGAACGGAGGAUUCUUUCGUAAAGCUACGAGGUGGUACAGGAAAAUUGUCAGUAUCUCACGACAGUGUAUUCCCAGGAGAGGUGCCUCAUACUCGUCCUCUUUCCUCAUUGGACAGUCUGCCAGCCCUUGAGCGACGACAAGAGAGGAAAAGCAACGAGAUCGAACACAAAGACUACGCACCGUACGUAGUACAAAGGCACAGGAUAUCCUUACGAGUACUCGAGCAAAUAAAGACGGUCAUAGAGAACCGGAAUCAGCAACAAUCAUCGGCAAUUUCCUCUGACAAUUCAAAUAACACCUUGCAACAGACUGCGGGAGAACGUUAUCAGCAGGAAACCACCGAGAAUCGUUUCGGAAAUUACGACAAACCGGAUAGAAGUAUCAGCGAUGAGAGCCAUAUCAAAGUCACCAAACCCGCGAAAGAAAAUGUCGAGAGGACAGUUUCUACGGUGAAAGAGGAUUUACCUCAAUUCGAGAGUGCCAGUUUGAAUCACACGGCAGCCCUGCAUAGAAUUUCGGUUCGACCAAAAAAUCGUCGGCCACCAAGACGUGCACCAUCGACGAUAAACAAGACUACAACUUCAACGAUAACAACCAUAGUCGAGGAUACACUGGACGAAUUGGAUCAACCAAAGUCUCCUAAAAAUAUUAUCUCGUCUUCACCGAUAGAAUCCAAAAAGAAUAUAGCAUCGGUGACACGAAAACCAUCAGCGAGGAUAUCAAGAAAUUCAGAUAUGUUCGAAGGCCUAGAUUCACCACAAACCCAACAACAACAACAACCGCAACAGCAGCAGCAGCAGCAACAACAACAACCGCAACUUAAAUUACCUAGAAAACCUUCAAGCAUUGCAUCCUUGUCACCUGAUAGUCUGGACCCACCUAAUACAGUAUCAAGGACAAACGUUGAGUCCAGUGACGAACAAGUUGAUAUCAGAUCGGUUACGAGAAGACCAUCCAACCGUAUAUCAAAAGGAUCAGACGUAUUCGAAGAAUUAGAAUCUAAGUUACCACGUAGGAGGUUAUCGUCAAGUAGAUCAUCAAAAUCACCGGACAGCUUAGAAGCUAGUUCAUUUUUGUUCUCCAAAUCAACAGAAGGUUUUGAGAAUUUAGUAGAAUACGAAGAGGUAGCAAAACCUGUAUCUAGAAGACUGCUCAAUCCAAUCUCAAAGUCAACCGAUCGUAUAUCAAAGUCUUCCGAUAGUUUAGAAGCUAUUGAAGCAUUGACCAGUGACGAUUCAAUAGAACGUAGAAGAAGUAGUUUCGAAUUCCGAGCACGUAGAUCAUCCAAAUCGAUCUCUAAAUCGUCAGAAAGUUUUGAAGUACUCGAUCAGAGUCAGCAUGGUUCGGAUAUCGUUCAAGAAUUACAAAAGAGAAGUAGUAUCUCCGAUAUGAAUCUAUCAAGGGGUAGAAGACUUUGUAAGAGUACGUCCAAGUCUACGGAGAGUUUUGAAAGGAUUGAUAAUUGCGAAUUUAAAAAUCUUGAACUUUAUAAAAAAGAAGAAGACGAAGAGGAAGAGGAAAGAGAAGAUGAAGGAAAGGUUCCAAGAAGAAGAACGAACAAAAGAAUGUCUUCUGAAAGUUCUGAUAAUCUUGACGUUGAAGAUAGAUUAGAGAAUAGAAGGGUCAGACGAAUACCAAAAAGAGUACCAAGUACAAGCAUCGUUGAUAUUAUUCCUAUGGAUAAUAACAAAGAGGAGAGAAGGUCUAUAAGAAAAUCUAGGCUUCAGAAAUCAUCUGAGAGUUCAGAAUUAGGUAGUACUGAUACUUUGGAUUCUGAAAGAAGGAAUAAAUCAUCGGAAAGUACUGAAACAUUGGAUAGUUUAGAAAAAGAUAUCGAACAGGAUAGGAAAGAAGAGGAGAUAACUGAUAACGUUGUGGAUAGACGUGAUAAGAAUGAUUCUUGGUCUAGCCGAAGUAUGACAACGGAUUCAGAUCAUACAUCUAUGGCAGAUGGUACAGAAGAUUCUAAAUCAUUGAUAUCGCCUGAUAAAUUCUAUUGGCGUCAAUCGUCAGAUACCAAGGAGAAUAUAGAUAUACAUCAAUUAUUAGCUAUCACUAUUGUUACUCGUAUGGCUGAUAAUGGUAACAAUCAACGUAGCCCAGUUAUUUAUCCAAAGAAGAAACAACAGAUUACAACUUCCCCCCCAACUUCACCUGUCGCUAAACAAGAAGAUAACAAAAUGAUUUUUGAUAAUCUUUUAACGAGCAAGAACGACGAGGAUCUUCAAAAUAUGUUGAAUGGAAACAUAUCUGAGGUCUCAACGGAUACUAAAAGUUUUAAAGAAAAACUUAUAAUGUUUGAGAAACUUGGAAAGUGAAUCCUAUCGUAUUCUUUUUUUUUUUUUUUUUUUUUUUUGUUCAAAUUAUAAUACAUAUUUUCAUGCUUCGAGUAAGAUUACCGGUCUAAUUAAUUAAUCAAUCAAUUAAUCUGUCGAUGGAGCAUUUUUCUCUUUG